AUGUCCAAUAGCAAGACCACUAUACCCGGGUUCAAAUUCUGUUUUAAAAGUCUUGAAUAUAUCAAUGACUUUAAUGCAAUACAGGAAAAAUGUGAUUUACCAAUUGAACAUUUUUAUAUUUUUUUUGUCUCUGAUAUCAGUGAAUUGGUACGUUAUACCUGUGGCACUGGCAGUUUCAAAGAAAUUAAGAGUAUAGCUAUGAAUAUCGAUGAAAAAGAUCUUCAUACAUUACAUGUGAGAGAUAUUAGUUUUUUAUACGGUACAAUCAAUCGCCAAGGCCCAAAGAAUGUUGGAUUUAUUGUUGACAAGUAUUUAUCAACAGAUAAGAAGUUCUUCCGUGAAUUUCUUCAGAAAAUUAACAAGCAAAGAAAAGAUCAUAUUUAUUUCCUAAAUUUCGUAUAUUUUUGGGAUACGUUUAUAAUUAACUACCAUAUACAUAACUUCAAAAACAUGAUUAAAAUACUCUCUUGGGACAAUUAUCUGUUAAAGGAUUACAUCAACGGCAUUAGCAUCUUCUAUGAGAAAUACAAACUCCCCUAUGAGAAAUCUGUGUUUGGGAAGGAAGAUGAUGACAUUUUCGAAUCCACUAUACUGUUCAUUACUGAAGAUAUGGUUGAAUACGAUUCCAUUACCAAACGUUUGAUGCUAUUAUGUGAUAGACAUAUUGAUUUCAUGACCGAUACCUUAAUAUUCAUGAAGAAAAUUGACAAGUUUUUCGUACCAACCACAUACCUCGCAGCGUUAUUCGUUGCAGGACUGUUUGUCUAUGCAUUUUUCAUACGUUGA